AUUUUUUUGUUUGCAGUUGGAAAAUAUAAUGUGAGUGAGAUGAUGAUCAAACGGCACGCGCGACGACCUUGGCGACAUUGGCCCCCAUGGAAGGAACGCCAACUGACGACCGUGUAUUACUUCGCCGCCACCACUUACCAAGAGGAUUUCUUUAACCUGACUACCGAGAGCACCUGGAAGACCGAAGUGUGGUCCGACUGGAGGAACUCUACGAUGCCUACUACUUCUGAUACAAUAUACCCUCUGAAGCACAACCUCACGGUCAACAGGACUGAGCUUGAGUAUCUAGACCAACCGUCUCUGACGUCCAUCGUCUGUCUCUGCAUCGUGCUGUGUCUAAUCACACUGGGCACUAUAGUAGGUGAGUACCAUUUUUAA